AUGAAUCUCUGGGAGGCCGCCGAGGCCCCGCCUGAGAGCGACCUCACAAAACAAAUAGUCGCCGUCAUCAACUAUGACACCCACGAGAUCAGCUACGCGUACGCAGAAGUUGACAGCCCGCCACAAGGCCAAGCACCGACGAUCACAUACCAUGAGCUCUGGCUAGACACAUCGAACAGGCCCCACCGAACUGGCAACACUAUCGACCCGACGGGCCACAUGAUCGCUUCCACCGAAUUCGACGUUAAUUUCGACCUCGUCUUUGGCUCCUUCGGAACCGAGCUCUCAGACGCCACCGAGGAGAGACAGUGGAGGAAGUAUGUUCACAGGGCCCUCAACGUCCGCAAUCGCAACCCGGCCCACCUAGAAGACAAAAAGUGCCGCCUCUGUGGAGUGGCCGAGGAGAGCAUGCUACACCUAGUCGAGUGUAUGCACUGUAAGCCACUGUGGAAAAAGUGCCUAACAUUCUGCCGAGAUGUCCUGGAGGGCCCAGUACGCCCGCAGACACAUAGAGCCAUUAUCUUUAACCAAGAGAACUACGACACGUUGCUCCCCGAAGCGGCCUGCGCCUUCAUCCGCCACGCCUUCAACAUCUUCUAUCACGACUUCGCCAACGUCGACAAGGGCUUCAUGUUCAUAUGGCAGCGAGUCUACUACAGGGCCCUCACCUCCUUCCGAAGCGCGGUCAGACGAUAUGGCGGCAAGAUCCGACUCCAGUACACACACCGCCUGCACACGUCCCUCACGGAAGUGGCAGGGAAGUGGUCUCAGAAGACAACACUCAACAGGAAAAAAUUCGCCUCAAUUAUUAGCAUCGACCAACAGGGGAACUCUACCCUGAACGACAGCUUCACAGCAGCCAUAGACCAGGCCUACUCAGACCUUAAGGCUGAGGAGAACAGGCAACAACCCAGACGGCUCUAA